AAGAAAAAAAAAGUAGUCCUUCAGUUGCUCAACCUAAACAUUUCUUUCUGUUUUAUGGUUGGUUGUUUUUUCAGCUUGGCCACUGUAGCAAACAAUUUCAUUAUUUGCAUAGCUCUAAUUGCAGUGAUUAAACAAACACAGCAAAUGCUGACCCUUCGCAGAGCCUCAUCACAACCCCGCAGCCAACUUCGUCUGUGUUUUUUCCACAGGGAAGGAGGGAGGGUGGAGUGGCUUUGUGCUAGGCUGAAAAGAAAUUACCGACGCUUAUUUAUUUAUUUCUCUUCCCUCCAUACCGUUAACGCUGCCGACGUAGAGCAAGAAUAAUUUCACCCAUCCUCUUGCUGGCAGAUUCAGCAGUAUCACUGUGGUGUGAACCUGAUACAGCUGAAGAACAAUCGGGUUUCAAAUAGCUUGCUCAUGUGUUACUUCCAGGCUGCAGCCUCCCGUGCCUUCAUUAGAAUACUGCGUAGGAUUGAUACUCUGCUAGCAAUACUGAAACUAACUCUAAGGGCUCGGAAGCAAACGUUUACACUUUCAUUUUCCAUUGUGCAGAUGGCAGGCACCCUCACACGGGGUUAAGCAAAAUCUUAGCUGGCUGCAGUUCCAUCAAAUUGGAGCAAACAAUUUUUUUGGACAUUUUUUAAUGACAUUUAUUUAUAGCAGGUAGAGCACAGGCGGCUGCUAUUUCUCAGAGUGCUGGAAGAAUGUUCUCCAGAUGGUGCUUACUGUUUAUGCUUUUAUUGAGUUCACUUGAACACAGCAGCACUCUACACAAAACACGGAAAAUUGGAAAAUAAAAACAAUUAUGUUUUUACAAAGUGCCAUGUUAUUUGCUGAAAUGUCUUAUUUGACUGAUGAGAGAUGCUUCAGGGAGGCGUGGGGGAUGAUGCCACUCGCACAGGCGCUCACUGGAAUGGGUGCAGGCAUCUUCCCAGCUUGAGGGGAGCUGCCACUCUUCCCCACACGGUGGGUUUUACACUGCUGCUGGUGAUACCUUCGUACAUGUGCCUCCCAUUUCUCCAGGGCUAUGGGUGAAUUUAGGAAGGGGGUGAUGAUAGCAUUGCUGUGAUUGAGUUUUCCCAGUCUGGGGUGGGAGAGAGGUGAGGCAAAGCCGUCCCUGAGCCCUCCUUAUGCCACCAUUCCCCUUGGCUUUCAAUCUCCAUGAAAAGAAACGUGUUGAGGUCUUCUGCUGGUCCAGGGUGAAAGCAGUGGGCUGGUGCCCAAGAGGAGCAAUGUGAUCCAUGGCAUCUUUAUCUAGCAGUGAAGUUGUAGAUCCCCACACCAUCCAGUGGUGGGUGUGCUCUUGCUGUUGUAGAGAAGACUGGAAGCUUUAAAUAAGAGAAUGUGGAAUUUUAAGAAUAUUUUCUCAUUAGUAAUACUUGGAACAGUUUUCAAAAAUUGUUUGUUUUUUUUCUCCAUUUCUUCUUAAGAAAGCAAACAGGCUGAUCAUCAAAGUAGAUUUCAACAAGAGGGGGAAAAAAAGCCUUUCAGUAAAUAUUUCUGGCUUCUGUUAGCAAACAGAACAAAAAGCCAGCAACAGUCCACAGCACUUCAGGACAAUUAUUCAACCAGCAAAAACCCUCUCCAGUUUAAACUUUCAAAUUGGAUGCAAUUAUUAUUUCUUUGUGAAUGCAAGCCUUCAGUUUCCUUUGAAAUCCAGUUUCAAGCCAUCAGUACGUUCAGUGAAAUUGAAUUUCAAGAAAUGAACACGUGAGCUGCCAUUCAACCUGUUUUUGGGGGGAUUUCUUAGCUAAAUGGUGGUGCGGUGCUGCUCAGCGCUUCGAUUUCUCUCCUCUUGUGACCCAAGAGACAGCCCUUUUCCAACCCGAAUUCUUGCUACAUCAGCUACAUGCUGUUUAUCUUCAGCUGCUCCCUUGGCAGUUAUUAUUUCUUAAUGUGUUAAUUGUAGUUCCUGGACCCCAGUGUGUGAGCAUGUGUAAUGUUCACUGUAAUGACGCCGAUGCGUUCUGUAGUUCCUGGAAUUGCAGAGAGAAAAUGUUGCAUUUGUCCCAGGCACAGGGCAUCCAGUAAGGGAAACCAAUUACAAGAAUUCAAAUAGCAUAAAAAGAACAGUGUGGGUAAUUGGGAGGAGUACGCAGUGAGGCUUGGGUUUGAUUAUUUUUUUUUUUAUUCAAUUAUGGUUCCAACUAGUGGUCUUGCUUUGUGUGAUAUAUAUAUAUAUUUUAAUUAAAACUUGAAUUAUGUCCAUUGCUUUCCACCUUUUAACAGUAUUUCACUGUGAAUUCAUUCCUAAUAGUGAGUAGUCAGGGGUAAAGAAUGGCUUUGCUGAGCGAUGGGGACUGUUAAUUAUUAAAAAGAAACCUACGGAUUUAAAACAAAUUAGAACUCAUUAAGACGAGGUCUGUUUCCAUAUAGACUGGCUGACAUGGAGGAGCACAUCUGUGAGCCUGGAAAAUGGCACUUUUUAGCCAAUGCAUCCCUCACAGAAGUGCACCUGUGCUGCAGGGUCGCUGCUGGGGCUCGUCAGAGAUCCCAGCUUGGAUUGGUUUUUGCUGUCCAAAUCUGGCUGUGACUCAAGCUGUUUUUUCUUAGGGGCUUUCUGGGGAACUUUGUGGAAAAUCUCAGGGGUUGAAUUGAUUGUUGGACGCCGUGUACAUAACUAUGUACUGUUGCAGCCUACUUUCCUGAAAUUGUUCGGUGUCCACAGGAAACUCCUAAUAAAGAGAGCAAAAGGUGACGUAUGAUAAGCAUUUGAGAAUUUAGUUUUAUGUUUCCAUAUGGGCUUUGCACCCCAGGAUUUGCUGUCAGGCUGAGAUAUCCCUCGCAUUGUCAGCAGCAUCACUGGUAGCGGCACACUUGCAUGGGGAGAAGCAGCACCACCAUUCUGCUGGCUAGGAAUCAGCAAUAACAUUUUGACAUCUGUGCAACAGUUUAAAAUGAAUUAUUCAGCACACAGAUCGUGCUUUCAGAGCAGCCAGCGCAUCUCUGCCCGUUUACUGCUGUCAGUCCGUGAUGGAGAUGCCACUGGUGCCAGUGGGAGCAGAGCACAUGGGCUGGGGGUAGGUUUUGGCCUAUAGCCUGGAACAGCAUUUGACAGCACCCCUGCAGAAAACGAAGGGAAUAAUCUGUGUCGCUAUUGACAAAGACCUGAGAUCAUGAUGGUGUGCUGUUCUCUUGGAGUAUUUUAAAUACAUUCUGAAAUAAAGGCCUUAAACAAUUAGUUAUAAUUUGGGCUGUUCAGGUUAAGCUCCAGAGAGUGAAGGAUGAGACUGGUGCAUUGCGUGUGAGUCCCCAGAUCCACGAGCAUCCUGUGCCCUCUGGGAGCACACCCAGCCACUGCCCUGCAGCAGGUCAGGGCAAGCCCCAGUUUCUGCCAGGCCAGGGACUGGUGUGAAGGAGUCACUGAUGCCUAUCAGCAGAGAAAAUGUGUGAGAGCUGCAGCGAAAGCAGUAUCGGAUUGGGAAAAACACGGUGAGCAGCAGUGAGAAUGCGCUUUGGGGAGUCGCAGAUGGGGGAGGCUGGGAGGAAGGACAGAGUAGCUGAACAGGUCUGUUUGAGACAGGCUUGUGGGAGCAGAGCUAGGCAUUUAGCUUCCUAAUUCAGCACAGUCCUCUGAAUUAAAGUUGCAUAUGUGUUGCGAGUCUGGCAUCUGUUAUUUCACAAGAUGCCUGUUCUCUGUAGCUGCAUUUUAAAUAUAAAUGCAGAACACAGGAUGGUAAAGUUCAGUGCAGUAGGUUAUUGGUAUUUCCUUGCCUUCCUUUAAGUACUGUGCUGUAGCUGUCCACUGAUGAUUUAUUUAGUGGGCAAAAAUUUGGGAGCACACAAAUAUUGCAUUGCAUUAUGCAGCAGAGUCAGCAGCCUGGCAUUGUCUCUGUUCAUGUUUGGGUGAUGGAGCACACAGGCUGCCCAGAGGCUGUGCAGUCUCCUUCUUGGAGGUCUCCAAGAGCCACCUGGCCAAUGAGGCCUGGCACCCUGCUCUGGGUGUGCUGCUGGGGCAGGGGCUGGGCCUGAUGGAUGCUGAGCUGCCUGCCAGCAUCAGACAUCCUGUGAUCUUGUGAUUCUUCGGGUGGCCAACUGAAAACCCAGCCUUCCCAUUUUCUGACCAUACAUGUGUAGCAAAUAACACCCUGCCAUGUAAGUAGCCCAGUACUGCACUUGGAAAGGAAAGACAUAUUAUCCAAGUAACUAUAAAACAAAUGGCUAGCAUGCAUUAAAUUUCUCAUGCAGGAAAACAGAUCUAUAGAGAAAAGACACUUAAGCACAUAAUGAAAGUUAAGGAGAUCCUUAUGUCCUAUUGAAGUCAGUAGCAUUUAAGCAUGUACUAAAACCUUUCCUGAAACAGGAACAUGUACAGUGUAGCAACACAACAGCUGUAAGGCUGAUGCUGAAGGGCCCUGAACCCCUGAAUGUGCAUGUAUUUGUAGCCUUACUAUCAUCAUCCUCAAGAGCUCUGCCAAGAGAGAGAAAUUAUGAUGAAUACCUCACAUCUCAUGAUGCCCAGGUGCAACUCUUUUGCAGGAGGUGUGCUAUGCUCGCCUGGUUGCUUGGCACUAGCACUCCUGUGGCUGCCAUUUCCAGCAGUGUGAACUGGUGCCUGGUUCUGUACCGUCAUGCAGCCAGCACCAGAUGCAUGUGGGUAUGUGCAUGUCAUGCUUCUGUAAUGUCUGUGCUGGCUUUCUGUAUGUCUGCCAUCACCGAGCACCUGUACCUCUUUUCUAUCUUUGAUCUACUCGCCAUCACUGUGCUUCUGGGAGGCAGAUGAGUGUUCUCACCCUUUCGCAGGGAGAUAGAAGAGGCACAGGGAGAUUUUAAAAGUUUUUGUCACAUCCACGUGGAGGCACAAUGGGGGACAUUCUUCCAGGCCCUGUAUCUGUGGGCACUGGGCUCUCUGAGGGUUGCUCAACCUCAUGUGAUAAGCUUGUGGCAGGGGACUCGGAAUGUGCAAGGACCAUGGAGGGAACCUGCUUUGCUGCUGUGUGUAUGAGCUGGUGAGAAACCAGGGAUAUGCAGAAGACCAAAAAGAAAGGGAAAGAGGGUAAACAUCCAAAGUAAUAUAUGUAUGGGGGUGAAGAACACUACGUGCUUUUAUUGCCACUUGAUUGGAAGGAUGUGUGCAGCUUGUGAGUAUCCAUUAAUUAGUGGUGCAGUUGCUCUGUGCUGGUAUCACUAAAACCUUAAUGGUACGUGGUACAGGGCUGUGAUUUCUUCCUUUUUCCACAUGCCCUUGUGAAGAUGCUGUCUGUCAGUGCAGUGCCUUGUGAACAGGGUAUGCCACUGUGCCUGAUUAUGUAGCAAGAGGACUGUAAAAUCCUUCGGCAGUUACCUCCAGUGUUAUUUUUCCUUAUAAAAGGUCUUUGAUAUGCAGUACUUUCUUGCACACACAAAGUCUUCAGCGAUUUUCUUUCUUUUGCUGAAACAUGCUAAUUCUUAAAAUGGCUCCUGCGCAGGCAUUGCCUGCUGCACUUAGUGCCUGCAGUGCAAUGGGUUAGCAGCAACAACAGCAAAGGCUCUCCUUCAUUUCCUUUAUAUGCACAUCGUGCAGCUUUUCAAACAGUGCAUCAAACAACACCGACUGGAAAUUUCCAGGCCCAUUUCCUGUCUGGUGCAUGCUCAUAAAGCAGGAUUGUCUGUACAGUGCGUAGCUGCAGUACUGCAGAAAGUCAAUAAAGAGCUGACCAUCUCACCUCUAUCAAAAGCAGUUGAGAAGCCCUGCCUCAUCUGCCUUAUUAAAACCACACUUGACUCCUGCAGAGAGACAUAGCUGGAAACCUCGAAGAGAAAGAAUAAAAAGGAGGCAGAGCUUGCAGUGAGUAUUCUCCUUCUGGGUCUUGCAGUAAGGUUAAAGAGUAUUUAUUCUAAAAUGGACCGAAAAAAAAGCAGAUUCGUGAAGGUCUUUGUGUAAGUGUGGGCAUACUGCUUGAACCUCCGACUCUCCCGUAUUCAGUACGACACAGAGAUGAGAUGAUUCGUUAUUGCAGCAAUGAGUAGAUUGAAAUAGCUCCCUGAUGGAUUUGUAUUUUAAGUGUAAGGAUGUGGAUGCAUAUAGAUGUGCAUGUGUGUAUGGACUUUAUCUUAGCAAGAAAAGGCAUGCUGUAGAAAUAGGUACAGGAGGUAGGAUUUGUGCUGCAGAAUGUGUUUCAGUAUGCACUUGAAAGGCCGCUUAUUUUUUAAUUUCUUAUUUAAGAGUAAUCGAUUGAAUGUUUGCCAGGCUUUCAGUAGGAGCCACCAGGAGUCCCUACCCCCACCUUCCCAGGGCCUGAUAGCUUUUUCUCACCUUAAAAUGGAAAAAGAAAGAACUUUAACAGAAAGAUCAUUGCUUUAGCUUAAUAUAGUAAGAUUUCAGAGAUCGAAUUUUCUGAUAGUAAUGAAAUGAACCAUGAGUUGUGCCAUGAAUUUGAUUGCAGUUAAUUAGAUUGGUGAGAUGCUCAACAAAUCUGGCCCAUUAUCUUUAGCCUCACCUACUUUGGGUUUGUAUGAAGUAGUAUUCUUUUUAUAUAAAUAUGAAUGUAUGUAUAGUACGAAAACCUGUCUGGCAGCUCAGUUGUUUGGAACAAUUACUGUCUGUGAGUAGUUACUAAUAAUAGCGUUGGUGGAAACGCUAGUGUGCUGCUGACCAUUAAUCCCACUGUGUUUAUUGCUUUGGUGGCACAGGCUUGGUUUGCCUUUUCACAAGGAAGAAUACAGCUGAGCAUUUCAGCAAAGAGACAUACACAAGCUCUGUCCUGCAGCUUUUUCCAGUUCUCAUUGAUCUUAAUGAGACUAGUCAUAUGAAUAGGAGCGACUCGUGUCAAAAAGGAUUUUUUGGCUGAAACUCACAAUUUCUAUUUGUUUGAUGUGCCUCCGCAGGCUUCAGAGUGAAGAGCUCCUGUUGUUGCUUUUGGCAAUGGGGAAUAGCUGCAGAGUAGGGUGUCCCACAAGAUGGUCUCGUUGUCUUGCCUUUGCUCUUUAUGCAGUCUACUCCUGUUCAGCAAUUAAUAAGAUGGAGUAUUUGGUGAUGGAGAAACCUACUGGCUUGAAGCUACAGCUAACCAGGAAUAGCACUGAAGAGCUGAUCGUGUUGGGGGAAAAACAGAAGGAGGACUGUGCCACUGGGGAGAUUGGCUCUCCAGGGCAGUGGACAUGGCCCCAAGUUCAGGGAGAGUCUGGACAAAGCUCUCAGUCAGAGUUUAAUUUUGGGUGGGCCUGUGGGGAGCCAGGGGUUGGACUUUGUGAUUUUUAUAGGUCUCUUUCUACUUGGGGUAUUUGAUGAAUUUGUAUGAUUUGACAUGCAGACUAGCAGUUGGUGGGUGGGAGAGCACCCAUCAGAGGUAGGAGGUGUAGGUACGGCGGGCCCUGGAGCUGCCAGGGAUUGUCUCCUUGUUUGACUGUUUCUGCUGUGCCCAGUGGGUACCCACUAAGGAAACAGGGCAGGCUCUGCCCAUUACCUGCCAAGCCCUCAUCGUGAAGGGUGCUGCAUCUCCCCCAUUGCCACCACCUUGGGAUAAGUCAGAGGCAUCGUGUGUGAUGUUUCUCAGGCAAUGCUAUCUAGAAAGGAAACAAUUUUACACAUCAGCAGUUUUUUAUGAUUAAUAAUAUUAUCCUGCCUUAAUUGAAAAAUGGGCUGGGGCCCUUAAGAAAAAAUUAAGCUGCAGGAAUUAGAAUCUAACCUCUUUAUGAUGAAUGUGUAUUUUUACGCGCCACAUAUUGCUGUCAGUGCUUUUAGGAAUAAUAGCGUAGUAUAUUGUAAUAAAGAAUUGUCCCGUGUUGUUUGUAGUUGCGUGGCACCAUUCUGUCUGCCUGACUUGACUUUAAGAGCUCGGGUAGAAUCCAUGUGAGGGUGCUGAAAUCCUUUUAGAGGGAAUUUAUGUACAAACAGGAGAGCAAUGUGUAGUCUCCAGGCUUCGCUAUCAGUUGUUAUUGCUGAAAGAUAUUCACAGGGAGCUAAUGCCAGACAUAGCAUUAGCUAUCUUCAGCCUCGGUGUCUUUGUGGAAAGUUGGUAAUAAAAUGAGAGAGGGCUCCCGUCGGCAUGAUUCUUAAACAUCAGUGAAUCAUCUUAUGCAGCGAGGCAGUUGCUGCUGGGGUGAGUGUGUGCAGGGGUCUUUGUGAGCCACGUUCUCUACCAAAAGAGGUAGAGGGGGAGGGAGCAAACCUGCUGCUGUCUAACCUGGCAUGGAGCCACGGCUGCCUUCCCCAUGGAGAACCACAGCUUCAGCAGCAGCUGAGGGGAGAAGAUCUGAAAGCAGGUAAAUGUGGGAGAUGCGAGCGUAGCACCUUGAAAUACAGACACCAUAUUCCCCCCACCCAGAGCUUUCAAAUACUCCCGUCAGCUGAAAUACUGCUAACCCAAACAUUCGAACAUGAUGAGUCAAAUCUCCCUGGAAACCAAGCAGAGAAGAACCCGCAUGUGUGGAGUCGCUGGUGCUGGUGUUUGUCUCCGACAGACAGCAUAGAAGCUCUCCUCCUCCACCUCCUUCUUCCUCGGGGACACAGCAGAGCGGUAAGGAAGAAAGGCCGGGCUGGCAGCGAGGCAGAGGAUCGUCAACUGUGGGAUGCUCACCCAAGGGCUCCGCCAGGAUGAAAGGCCAAGCGAUGUCGGUGCCGGAGCCCCUGGCAGCCCCAUCCUGCUGACGGCGAUGUGAGCGUGGCGCUGCGGAGCCUCAAAGCCCUGCGAGAUGGAGGAGCUCUACAAGGAGACUCCCAACCUGCCCAUGGAUGUCACCAGCCCACCAGCGGCCAUGGCCAACAACAAGCUGGAGAACGGCGUGGCCCAGCUGAUCACAGCGGAGGCCUGGAACAUCAAUUCAGCUGACCUGAUGAAGAAGGCCCUGUCCCCGCUGGUGACCGUCCCUGCUCCCUCCAUCCUGACACCGCCGGCUGAAUCACAGAGCGGGGUGGCACUGAAGGUGGCGGCCACCGUGCUGCAGCCCAUCUGCCUGGGGGACAGCCCCGUUGUCCUGCCUAUCCACCUGCAGGUGGCUGGCAGUGCCGCCCCGCAGAUGCCGGCCAGUGGUGCCACCCCGUACGUCAUGACCACGCAGGGCCCCAUCCCACUACCAGUCCUACUGGAGCAGCAUGUUUUUCAGCACCUCAACUCGCCCCUGGUGCUGCCCCCCGGCACUGCCUGCCCUGCCAGCCCCCUGCAUGGUGGUCUUUUCCCAGGCGCCUCUGCCCCUGUCAGCCAGCCCCAGCUCCUGGACCCCAAACCGUCAGGCCCAGGCCAGGAGCCCGUGCUGCCACCUGUCUUUCAGACACCGGGUUUUGCCGCAGUCCUGCAGGACCUCUUCCCCUCAGGGCAGGGCGCCCUGGGCUCGGCCCCCUGCCAGCCCCCUCCUGACUAUGCUGCCCUCCCACCCCAGGCCUUCAGCUCACCCCUCUCCCCGCUGGUGCCCCCUGCCACGCUGCUGGUGCCCUACCCUGUCAUCGUGCCCCUGCCCGUCCCCGUGCCCAUUCCCAUCCCUGUCCCCAUCCCCAUGCCCCAUGGUGCUGAAGCCAAGGUGACCCCCGACCCACCCAAGCCCCCACUCUUCACCCCGCAGCCCUGCAAGGGCACCCAGACCCCUCUGGAGAAGGAGGAGACGAAGCCCUUUGACCUCGUCCACCAGCGGGACUUCUCCCAGCUAAACCGCCACACUGUCAUCAAGAUGGGCAGCGAGAACGAGGCGCUGGACCUCUCCAUGAAGAGCCCGCCCAUGGCUCGGGCCUGCGAGGCUGCCCCGCCACCGCCAUCUCCUGAGGACGGGGCACUGGACCUGUCGCUCUCCUCGUGCCGCAAGCCAGGGGGUCCCCAUGGGGAGACGGCCGGCAGCGGGCCCAGUGCCGAGGGCAGCCCGCAGGACAAGCCGGCCACCUCCUUCGCCCCUUCCAAAGCGCCGGAGGCUGCAGGCAAGGCGGAGGGCAGGGUGGUGGGGCCGGGGCCAGGUGAGCUCCUGCGGCCGCCACAGAAGUGGUUGGUGGAACCAGCCGGGAGGGCGGCCUGCGAACCCAAGGCCGGUGGCAACAACAUUGAGAUCGUCAGCACCUCUCAGACAGCCAAAGUCAUCGUCUCUGUCAAGGACGCCGUGCCCGCCAUCUUCUGCGGCAAGAUCAAGGGCCUGUCGGGGGUGUCCACCAAAAACUUCUCCUUCAAAAGGGACAUGCCCCAGGACUCAGUGCUGCAGUGCUACGACAUGAAGAGCCAGCCCGAGCCGCGGGACAACACCGAGGCGCUUAGGAAACCCGUAAAGAACAGGAGCGUAAAGCUAAAGAAAAUGAACUCGCCCGAAAUACACAUUCUUCCAAUAAAGAAGCAACGGCUUGCUGCCUUUUUUCCAAGAAAGUAAAUUAUGGGUUUUUAGAAUUUUAAGAUUAUUAUGGAAAAAAAAAAUAAUAAAAAAGAUGCACUUGGUUUUAAACUCAUUUAAAACUUUAAACUAUCUUUGUAAGUUAUUUUUGGGGAAGGGGGAGAGGAGCAGAAGUAGAGUCCCUAUAAGCUGGGUUUCUUCUUUUUUUUUUUUGUUAUUAAAUUUUGACUUUUCGUGGGAAACUGAAUAAAAGCAACCUAUUUUUCAAGCAGAUUGCACAUUUUGCAGCUUUAAUGGAGUAACGGAUGAGUCAGAGGGGUAAGAGCUAUUUUCACUGCCAUAAAGUGCUUUGAUGAUGUAAUUCUUCAUAAUGGUUAGAACGGAAAUUUCAAAAUAAAUGUUUGUACGUGCUAA